AUGGGCCAUUGUGUGGGAGUUGUGUUGAUGAAUCCCAAUGGUGGGUAUACUCCUUUCAAAGCAAGAUUAUGUUUUGAAUAUACCAACAACAUUGUAGAGUAUGAAACAUGUAUCUUGGGUAUUGAAGUUGCAAUUGACACCCGAAUCAAGACCCUUGAAGUGUAUGGAGACUCAACCUUGGUAAUAUACCAAGUCAAAGGUGAAUGGGAAACCCGUGAUGAGAAUUUAAUCCCAUACCGUUCCGACAUUGUGGAAUUGAUAGAGUACUUUGAUGAAAUCACCUUCCAUCAUGUUCCGAGAGAAGAAAAUCAGAUAGCAGAUGCUUUGGCUAUGUUAGGCUUUAUGUUCCAAGUCAGAUUUCUCAAUGAGGAACCACUCAUCAUAAUUGAGCGGAAAACUGCGCCAGCCUAUUCUCUAUUAGUUGAAGAAGAAACUAACGAGAAACCGUGGUUCUAUGAUAUCGAGAACUACAUGCAAAAUUAA